GACUUUUUCCUUCUAUUUUCCUCCCUGAAUCUCUCUCUCCCUCCCCCUCUUCCUGUAACACAAAUCUGGAUCAGCUGCAACUACACUUCAGACACAGUCCAUCCUUUGCACACAUCAGGAGACACUCUGCUGGAAGACAGCCCGACUUUCCUCCAACCUCUAACCCUCUGCUUAGGAUCCCUGAAUUCCUCUCACCUCAGCUCACCUCUAUCUGUACAUUUACUUACCCAACUGUUGAUAGACUCCCAUACUACAUCUGCAGUAAUCUUGUCUAAUUCCUCCAAAGACUUCUGGUCUUGUUUUUAUUCCCUAAGAUCCCCACAAACCCAUUCAAUUCAAAUAAUAUAAGUUAACUUAUAUAUCCCACACGUCCUCCUCCCACGUUAAACCCUAGGAGUACAGUAUAAAAGAAAGACUCUCCCCUCUGUCCCUGUUUAUCUCUCCCCUGUUUAUCUUCUCUCCAUCACUUUUACCUUCCUGUCCUUUCGUUGUGGCCGCUGCCUGGGGAUGAGUGAAUUGGAAGGAGCCAACAGCUCGGGCAGCUUUUCCCUGGAUAAGGAAUUCCUCAACUCAUUGAAAGGACGGCUUCUGCUGGCAGAGCUGGUCCUCUGCUUUGUAAUAUUUAUUUGUUUUGCUGCCUCCAUUUCCUCCUAUUUGGCAGCCCCACUGCUGGAACUUAUCAUCACACUCCUCUUCCUCAUCCUUUUCUCAAGUCACUACUACCUGCGCCUCACCGCACUCAACUGGCCAUGCACGGAUUUCCUGCGCUGUGUUUCUGCUGCUGUUAUUUUUUUGGUAGUCUCAAUUGUGGCUGCAGUUCGGAGUUCAGGAGAUGGGGGAGCAAUCACAGCAGCACUAUUCGGAUUUAUACUGGUUGGUGUAUUCUCAUAUGAUGCGUUCACAAUUUACAAGACAGAAAUCACAGAAAGAGCAGCUGAGUCCAGAGAUGGUGCUGGUGAUGCGUAAUGACCACCCAAGAGGAAUGGAAAUUGACACAAGGGGACAUAACGCAGAUAUUUUGAUAAUUCAUGAUUAUUUUCAUCAUCAUAAAGGAUCCAAAACUAAUUUUCAAUAAACCUUCCACUGGUUCUCUUA